GAAACCAGUUGUCAUAUUGAAUUAAGCGAAUUUAAAACCUAAAACCAAUAUAUAUCUAUAAAGGUUUUUUUCUUACAUUCAGUAUUUGAAAGGUAAAAAAUUGACGUAGGUUUAGACAUUUCUUUCUGUAAAAGAUACUUACGGUUUUCAGUGUAAACCAUUUAGAAUUUUCCAAAUAUCAACAUUUCGUAUUUAGUGAAAAAUAUUUUUUUCUUGUUAUUAUCUAAUUCAGAGAGAGAAGCAAUAGAAAGUCUAGUAUAAAUUUGAUAAAAAUUCAAUUAAAAUUUUUAGUUGCUUCUGAGCCUUACGGGCCUCUAAUUCUACUUAGUGUAAUUUUCCUUUUUUGGUUGUUAAGUGUGAAUCAUUUCCUCGGGUGUGUUGUUCAUAUUUUCGCCAAAAGUGAAACAUUUCUUCUGGCAACAACAGAAACACAUAAGUAGCAAAAAAGAUUGUACUUUCUUUUCAUGAUCACUGAUGGAAAAGGGAAGUUUUUCCGAAACCUCUGAUGCAAACUCUUACGAACAUGAGGAACAGAGAUAUCGUGGGUACAACAAUAUGUCUGACGAUGUGCACAAUGAAAAUUUUAUUUUUGGUGGCUCCGCUUCUACACUCGAUGCACCUUUACUUGGGAAAACUGCUCUUCCUUCUGAAAAGGAGAGACUUAAAGCGGUACAGUUUUUGACGAGUCAGGAGAAGAUGCCAUCAGCGCUUAUCAAGGAGGACGAGAACCCCCUCAACUUUAACACAAAGCCAGAGCUCAAGAACGACAGAAACACGGAUAAACCUGCGCUGAAUGAGGAAGAAGUGUUUCUGCCUCACCUUCAGCGCCUCUACGCUGACGAGACCUCUUCGAAACCGAAUCGUGUGGAAAAACAUGUGGACCCGAGCUCAAAGGCAGCGAGUUCGUCCGAUGCUACACAGCGACCAAAUUCAAAAAGUGCCCAACCCGCUUCACCAAGCAGCAUGAUCCUACCCCCAGUUGCUGACUCGAAGGGCACCCCAACCCAGCCCCGAAUUCGAUAUCCCAACGCCGAACGCAGCCAUUCCUCCGAGGAUCAUGUUUUCCUACCAACAUCCCCGAACCACGCACAGGCCGUUCUAUCUGACUACGAAAAGGGUCGCCUCGCGGUACGUAGUCCGGUAAACUCGCAACAUGAUACCAUUCGCAGCACGGAACCCGCCUCUGAGCCGGAUACGUACAGUCAAACAUCCAAAGGACAUAACAGCAAGGGAACUCUCGAUAAAUAUGGAAGAGCGUUGGAAAAGCGAUUUGAUUCAGACAUGCAGAAAACAUCCCCCAAAAAGCCCUUUCAAGCUUCGUAUCCGAGAGUGGACGGGAGGGAAGGAAGGAGCAUGGGCGCGGCAUACUACACGAUGGAUCGUCAGGCAAGUCAUAGGUCGCUAUCCCCUUCGGGGUACCCCUUACGCCAAGCCUACGGUGGCUCGAACAACGGACACGGCGCGCUGCGAUCUCCCCGCACGGGUGAAUUGAGCAUGCAAAGGGGCGUAUUAGCGCAUUCGCGGGAGGCGUCCUCGCUGCCAACCAGCUACACCUCUCAGAAGCCCCAGUGGAUGAACGCCGUGGAGUGGAUGAACAUGAAGAAAAAAUCCGAUCGGGAUAGCGAGUUAUUCGAUCAGGCCCUCCCACUCGACCAAGCCAGGCUCGGGAUGCAGUCUCGUCGGGCCGGGAAGCAGGGCUUCCUCACCGCCAGCCACCUCCGCGCGCUGGAGGAGAUCAACGGCGGCGGCACGCUCUACGUAUACUCCCCCGAUCAAACCAGUGGGCAGGGGGGGUCGCAUAAGUCGCGCCGCGCCCCGUUGCUCGCGCAGGAGGAGGUGGUGCACGGCGUCGUCGUCGCGCGAGGGGCCCCGCGAGGACGGAUGCAGGGCUCCCAGUCCACCAGUUCGUUUCGGGAUAAACCCUCACGCGCGAUCACCACCGUGGAGACGUACCCGAUGACAAGGGUGCUGCGCAGCCCUGCGAACAGCACCGACCGCCUCGACGGCGAUGGCAAUUUUCGCGAGUUUAACCAUCCGCGGGAGUUCGCGCCCCGCGGGCGGGGAUGGGUCCUGCCGAGGAAAAACAUACCAUCCUACUCUAGCAACACCAUGGGCGUCAUCACGGCGACGGAGGUGGUUGGGGGGAAGUUGUCAUCGCACCAAUCCAACGGAAAUUUAACGACCGUUGCCAAGGGUGGAAAGCCGCAGGGGAGCGAUAACGCUAACAAAAACCAGUACGCGGGUAGUGCGGGCUACAACUCCAGAGGCACCGGCGGCGGUGCUGGCGGCGGUGCUUGCGGCGGUGCUGGCGGCGGUGAUAGUGGUGGAGGAGGAGGAGGAGGAGGAGGAGGGGGUGGACAAGACAAUGGGCGCGGUGACAGUUCGAAUAAAAAGAAACCUCCGCAGCGAGACGGUAAAUCUGGAGCCUUGACAACGACCAAGCCUAAAAAGGUUCUGAAUGACCAGGACGAGCACAAUGAGCAAAACUUUAGAAAGUUUGAUAUCAAUGUACUUCAUUCGAUCCCAUGGGAUAAACGCCAGCAGAUCCCCACCAGUGGGUUCGGGACGAGAUUUUUUUCCAUCCUGUCCUCGCCGCGUUUCUGGGAGAAGAUCGACUGGAGUGUGCGCUCUUCGUUGCUUACGGUGUUGCCCACCAUGAUACUAGCUCUUGAGCCCUCGACGCGUGAGAUCGUGCCAAAGGGGUUUGCCUCCACCUUACCCUUCACCGCCUUUUGGAUCAGCAUGCCCACCUUCGGUUCGGGUCUUCGGGAGCUUUUCAUUGCCUUGAAAGGCUUCACUUGUGGGUUACUCCUGUCCGGAGUGAUUAUUGCCACGAACCCGAGUCCCCAUUGGGUUAGUAUCCUGCUUAUGGCUAUUGCCAUUUUGUUAUCUUCUUUUAUCUCUGAAGAGACCAAAAAAACGGUUGCCUUCACCGUUUCGUCCGUCAUGAUGCAAUAUAUGAUCGAUCAUGGAAGUACUGGUUACAUGUAUUGUCUUCAAUACUAUAUUACAAUCUUAAUCGCGCUGGCUUUUGGCACGGCAGCCUUUUUAAUUCCUUUCAUCCGCUGGUCUAGCGGUAAUGCGAAGCAUUACAUGAUGGCUCUCGGAAAUGUGUUGAGCAUCGAGGUGCAGGGGGUUUGUGGAAGCUUUUGGACUCGAACGGCCUUUGAACGCGACCUCAACAUGAUGCGUUUGCGGCAGCUUCGUACAACCGCCGAGAAAUGCAUCGCAAAAAUCGAGGUCUCCAUGAGUGAGUCGGACUAUGAGCCGCUUAUGGGAAGGUUUCGUGCGAAGAUGCGGGUACGCUUUGCGUUUUGUAAAAAAGUACACGCUAUCCUUGGUUCUAUGAUUCAAGUUAUCGAGCUCGUUAGUGAGAAACCAUCGCUUGUAGCUACCCCAACGUGUUUGGAGUAUGGUGCGGCGAUAGAUGAUGAUCUGGCUUAUAUAACUUCUUCUAUAGACAGUAUGAUUCUCAAGAUUGCUGAUCCAAGCCGUAAUGUAGAAUCAGAGGUCGCCUUUUUCCGCGAAGCGCACGCUCGCUUCCAGGAAUCCCUCUCCCGUGCUCGCGAGGAUGUGAUUUUAGACAAUGAAAACUAUGAAACCGAUCAGUCAGACGUGUUUUUAGGCUUUUUCAUGUUUAGUGUUGAUCAGCUCUGUGAGGCGGUUGGUACCUUCGCCGAAGACUCAUCGCCGCCGAAUAGUAUUAUCCACUUCCUUCUUUUUCCCGUUCGGGAUAUAAAGAGCGUUGCAAAAGCGUUUAAAACUCUUUUAAUGGCACUGGUUUACAACCGAACCCUUACCCGCCGCCUUAAGGAGGCGAUAAAGCUCACCCUUUGCAUGGUCGUACCCGUUAUAUUUCAAAUAUACGCGAUGGCUAACAAUCCUACCAGCGCCGUUGCCGGUGCCUCUGUCAUCGCGUUAAUUUACAAUCCAACCGGGUCGGCAAGUUUUCAUUACGCCACCGGGCGUUUGCAGGGAACUGUCUUGGGAUCCAUUGCCGCCUACAUGAGUGUCGAACUCGCCAAUGAACGGCGGGUGCUGCUCUAUGCGAUGGUUUUUGUCUUGAGCUUCAUUGGUGGAUUCGUGCAGGCCGCCCCCAGCUACUACGCCUUCGGUAACGCGAUUGUGUGUAGUGUUAUCUCUGUGAUAACACAGUACACGAACAGUGAGGCGGCCAUGACGCGUAUCAAUCAAAACUGUUUUGCUAUUGUGUUUUAUUUUGUAAUUGCGUGCACAGUAUGGCCUAUGCGUGGGAUCACCAAGAUCAGAAUGGACCUCGACGUGAGCCUGCGUUGUUUCCGCGAGUCCUCCACGCGAUUGCUGUGCAACCUAGACAUGCCGUACGACUUCUCCGAGGUCGUGGCGGAUGUCACUGCGCUGUUGGAAGAAAUGUCAUCGAAAAUUGGCUCACAGCUUAAUCACAUCCCGGGCGCGAUUGAGGAGCCAAGUUUGACUUCCGUUGAGUUCCCUGAGGAGGCCUGGCGGCAGGUCAUCCAGAGCGAGAAUAAGCUCCACUCGGCGCUGAGCAUGAUGAGCCUCGCAUACUCGAUUUUCAUGUCGAGCAGCCCAACCUCCGAGACGUCCCUUUCCAUUCACUGGGUUGCACUGCACCGCAUCGCGCCACACGCGAAGGACCUGUCGGACCUGAUUUUCUCCUCGGUGGAUUUGCAUUUGAUGAUUCUCUCCAAAUCGGUGGCGGUUCCGACCAGCCACUUCACUCGACUUCGUACCUCCAUGAUCGAGACCUACGAGGCCAUCCUCAAUACAUACAUCGAGACCGUUCAGUACAGGAUGCAGACGGAAGAGAGUUCCGGAGACAUCUCCUCUGAAGCGGGCUCUAGGUUCUCGAGAAGCCUCAGCCACUCGAGCAAAGAUAGCGACGGUGGUGGUGGCAGUCCAGCGAGGUCCUUUUCUGAGGUUCUGAAUCCCGCAAGCGAUCCCACACCAUUCGUAUUAGGAAACCAAGACUCUGCUAACGCGGCUGGAGCCGCCCAUAAGGAUGUCAAAGAUGAUCAUACUAAUCACGACGAAAAAACCAACAGUAACACGAGUGAUGAUGCCUCGGAGCAUGGGACGAAAAAGCGCAAAAAGAAGGGUUAUAUUUCCUACAAGCCAACAAGCGAGGAGCUCAGGAUGCUGCGGAAUUUUGUAUCUGGAACGAGUUUUGUGUCGCUUCCGAUGACCUCGAACCAGUUAUCCAACAGUGUCGUGGGACUGAACACAAACUCGUCGUUUACCAAGGCCCCGGAUGGAGAGCCGUCGCGCGUGCUUACGGUGAGCAACGAUGUCAAGCUUAUGUCGCUAGCGGGAUUUGAUGAUGCAAUGAUAAGCAGACUGCGUAAGAAGCACGGCAUCACUUCCGCCAAGGAUGGCUCAGACGAUAAAAAAGCAUCUAUCCAUUUAGCUGACUCAUUCGUACAGAACAAGUCCUUCAAGAAGGAUUCCGAUGAUACUCAAGGAGGUCCCCUUAGCUUUUUCGACAACAAUGCGUCGUUUAAAAAGCGUCAUCCUACGGGAAGCUUUUUCGUGAGGUUAGAGGAAGACCAAGACAAACAUGACGAUUCGAGUAAACCGGAUCAGGGCUCAGAACAUUCCCAUAUGUCCCAGGAAAAAAGGCCAGAUAAACCGGCCGGCGAGGUGGAAGACAACUCCGCUGCGUUUUCUAGCGGUAUGGACGUGGAGGCAGGGGAGGCUGUCCGCGAUGCCGUCCCCAACGGCACCCUCCCGAUCCCCCUUCCACUGCUCGCACCGUCCAUCGAGGGGGCGGAGAUGCCUUCCGUGACAGUUUCAGGGCCUUCUGCGGGAGUCUCCGGGGCUUCUCCAUCCCAGGCCGCUGGGACAGUCGCAGGGGCUCCUCCGCAGCACGGCUUCCACCCCCCAGGUGGAGCGGAAAGGGAAAGCUAUCCCAACGUCAGCGCGGCCACUCAGGCACCCAGGACAACCGUGAGCACCGAUAACCAUUCCACAUAUACUGAUAAGAAGAACAGUUCGAACAAUCCACGAACUGAAAGGGGUAUAUUUGAAAUGAAUAUGGGUGGGAUAGCUGGUGGUAAAGGGGAUGCAUUGCCGAAAUCGAGGAGCGGGUACAAUGAAAAGCAUACGGAUCCUGGAGCAUAUAAUCAAGAGGACAAGGACCUUGAUUCUUACAUGUUUAACCCCGAAAAGGGUAUUUAUGCUCUUACAAAUCGUGAUAUUCAUAGCAUGGAGGCUUUUUUAUUUGGUAUUCGUGCUAUUGUAACCUAUAUGAAUGAUCUACAGAAUUCUUUGAUUCAAAUACAGCACGAGAGUGAACUUGCAAGAAAGCUUUGA